UUUUUUUCUAAUUUCCCUCUCUUUUCAAAAUGGCGGCGACUGCGCCCCUGGAAAUUUCUCUUCCUGAAACAAAAUCUUGUAAAAUAUCCAAAUUGAAGGUGAAAUCUGGCUCAAAAGUAUCAAGAGGAAGCGUAUUGCUUUUAUAUAAAUUUGAAAAUGGAGAUGGCAGUGGUGGAGAGAAAGAGUCUGAGCAGAAAUUGAAGUCUCAACAAGUGGGAACUGUCCAAGAUAUCCUUGCAAAUGAAGGAGACGAAGUGAAGCCUGGGUCGGUCGUCCUGAGGAUUGCAAGAUGUUCCCAUCCCACUGUUAUGAAAGAUAUGUGUGCAGAAUGUGGGGAAGAUUUGAGAAAGGAUGAGGAGGUCAAGCAGACACCCGCAACCAAAGCUUGUGUGUCUAUGAUACAUAGUAUCCCUGAACUUCAUGUCAGUAAAGAAGAAGCUGCUGUUCUAGCCAAGCUUGAUGAGGACUCUCUGAUCAAGCACAGAAAGUUGGUUCUGCUUGUUGAUCUGGACCAGACGCUCAUCCACACUACACUCGAUGAGGUCCCAGCUGAUAUGCCCGGAGUUCACCAUUUCCAGCUGAGGAAGGGUCCCAUGUUCCCCUGGUACCAUACCAGGAUCAGGGACAACUACCAGCAGUUUCUGGACCUCAUCAGUCAGUUCUACCAGCUGCACAUCUUCACCAUGGGGGUCCGCCUCUACGCCCACACCGUUGCCGAGAUCAUCGACCCAGAGGGAAAGUUCUUCUCCCAUCGCAUACUCUCAAGGGACGAGUGCGUUGACCCUCACUCGAAGAAGGCAAAUCUCAGGUCCAUAUUUCCUCGAGGUGACAAGAUGGUGUGUAUCAUUGAUGACAGGGAUGAUGUCUGGAACUUUGCUCCCAACCUCAUCCAGGUCCCUCCCUACCGUUACUUUGAAGGCACAGGUGAUAUCAACUCCCCUGUAAACCUGAAUGAUCGCAACAAUGCACCCGUGAAGAAGCCCAGGGAAUCACCAACCAAGUAUACAUCAUCUCCUGCUUCACAAAAGGGAGAAGGGGAUGAUAACUCGAGAGAUGCAGAGAGCAAGGAGGCCAAAGGUGCAGUAAGCAAGGAGGCAGAGGAGGAAGAGAAGACUACCAAAGAAGAGAACAAAGCGGUGGACGAGAAAUCAGAGGUGUGCAGUUCAGAGGUGUCAUCAACGACAAAGGACAGUGAGGAAGAAUCCAGUGAUAAAGUGGACGAGGGACGUGGGAAGGGGUCCGGGGAGGGAGAUAAGAAAGAGGCAUCAAAGGAUGAAAUGGAAGAAGGUGAACUUGCCCAAGAAAAGGAAAGUGACAGUGAUAAGGUGACCACUACAGAUGGCACCAGCACAGGAGCUACGUCACCUGAAGAGGACAAGGAUGAAUACUUGCUCUACCUUGCAGACACACUCGCGCGCAUUCACAGGACAUUCUUCAAACAGGUAGAAGCAAAUCCUCAGGAGCUCCCAGACCUGAAAUCCAUCGUUCCUGCAAUGAGAAUGUCUGUUCUGAAGGGAUGCAACAUUGUCUUUAGCAGUGUGUUCCCCACCAAUAUGCCUCCAGAACAGAGCAGGGUGUGGAAAGUGGCACUUGCACUAGGUGCAAAGGUCUCUCCUCAAAUUGUAACAAAGAGUAAAGAGGAACAGGCCAAAGGAAGGGCUUCUACACAUCUUGUUGCUGCCAAGGUUGGCACGUCAAAGGUCCACGCGGCCAGACGAAGCAAAAGCAUCUUCAUUGUUGAACCAGAUUGGCUGUGGUGCUGUUGGGAAAGAUGGGAGAGGGUGGAUGAGAGGCUCUUUAUUCUUGCUGAUGUCAGCAAGCAUGGCAGCAGAAGUAGCACCCCAGGCUUCAGUGACACAGAGAGCACAGGAUCCCAGAAAGCUAAGAAAGGAAAAGGCAAGGCCAAGGCCAGCACCAACGGAAAUCCUGGCUCCACGGGGAUGCCAGGGCAAAGGACAAAGAGCAGGCCCUUGAGCAUGUCUGAGGACUACAAUCCAAUGUACAGCUUCUCAUCGGAAGACCUUGCCAGUAUGGGCAAGGAGGUUGAGGAUAUGUUUGGUAGUAGUAGUGGCGAGAGCAGUAGUAGUAGCAGUAGCAGUGAGUCAGAGGAUGAGGCUCGUUCUAACCCAACCAGUCUGGGCAGCGUGACUAGACCAGCUUCCUCCUCCUCCAGCGAAGAAAGUCUGACGGCAGAAAACCCCAGAGGAUGGAAGCGCAAGAGGGAUGAGAUGGAGGACAAGGAUGAUGACGUGAAUGACUUUGACCCAUUUCAGAGACCCGUAGAGGACAGUAGCUCAAGUGCAGGGCUGAGCGAGGGAGAAGAAUGGUUCAGCGAGGAAGAAGGACAGAAGAUGGCAAAUGCCAUCGAUGACUUACUCACGUAUAAGAGAAGUGUCAGAAAGUGGGACGAGGGUUGAUCCUUUCCAGCCUGAUUUCAUUACCAAUUACAAUCUGUUUUAAAGAUAUGAUAUUGAUUCUAUUAAUACAGUAGUACUGUUUAUAAUGGUGUACACAGCACAAAUAGUGGCCCUGAUUUUCUAAAAUUGUGUCCGUCCUUAGCUUGUACAUGUAUUUGAUAAAUUGAGUUGAAUUGCAUGCCUUGUAUGUUAGAUUUGACAAUACAUGCUACACUUUUUUUUCUUCUUCAAGUGUAGAACUAUAAAAACAAAUUCCAAAAGAUGUUUAACUCCAAAUUAUAUUUUAAAUCGAGCCUUUCCUAGUAGUUAGUUACUACUGAGCUACAUGUAUACUAGCAAUUAGUGUGUAUCUUGAACUAUUACGACUCCAUUGUGUAAACGAAUUGCCUCCUCAUUUAUCCAGCAAAACACUAUGUUUACUAUUCACAAUAAGAAUUUGCAUGUUGAUAUUAAAGUAAUGCACAUAGAACUUAAAUUAGUCAAAUUUGAUUGCGACGACUCAUCAAUUUUGUAAUUACCACAUCUUCCAGCAGUAAUGCCGGAUCAAUUAGCAAGUUUCAAUACGGGUGAAUUGUACAUUUAUCAAUUUGUAUAUAUGAUGAACUAGACAGCUAGAUGUAUGUUGUUCACUGUUUGUCAAAGAAGAAGAAAAAGAGGUACCCGACUACCUGUUAAAAGUUUGAUUUUCUUGUUUCGGGCAACUUUGACAUAUGGACCAAUUGUUUCUCAUGCUUUCUGAGCAGUGCUCCGGAGUGUUUUAACAGUUACUUGUGCAAACUUAUGAAAUUCAACAUUAAUGUGAAGUUAUCAUGAUUUAAGUUUAUUGCAUACAUUUUGAUGUUUGAAUUUUUAAACAUGUAUCUAAUGGAGCCUUGAAUAAUUAAUUGCACACCAAGAAGCGUGUGUACAUGGUAUAAAACUUGCAAAUAUAUUACUGGUAGCUACUAGUAAGUGUAUGUUUCACUUUAAAAGCAGAGUAGUGUAUUGCAUGAGAUGUUAUACAUUUAGUCUGAUUUUUUUUUGUUUUUCAUGAUCUUCCUCUCUCACAAUACCAGAAUGAGUGAAAUUGUGAACAUCAAAUGAUUUCAUUCUAAAAGCAUGUGUUUUUGCCAAAAUUAUGUUUCUAUAUGCCUAUGAAUCAAGCUAGUAAUAAUGCCAUUUUUCUAUGCUCAAUCUGUAAUCAGGAAACAAAUUUGAAAUUUCUUGAUGUGCAACUUUUUCAUGGCCAUAGAGGGUAGCAAUCGUUUCACAAGUUCAAAAUUCUUUAUUUUCUUCCCAUUUUCUUUCAUCAUUUUCUGAUUUCCAUCACGAAUGAGAAUGCAUACUUCCAAAUCAGAAAUUACUACGAUGCAUGUAAAAGAAGAGAUAAAACCUUGCCAUUAUAUUUUGUUAAUGUGUACACAUGUAUAAAGCUUUAGCUUGUGAGUGCACUCAAUGCAUGCGAGAAUAGUUUUAGGAUAUUUGGCCCAAUUAUUAGGGCUUCGUUUUUAAAGUGCAAAAUUUAUUGGUAUUUAGGUAUAAGCAAAGUUUCUGCGUAAAUGAAAACAUGGGAAGAUAGUGACCCUCAACUAUGAAAACCUCUUGCUCAAUUUGGUAUUGGAAGGAAUACAUGUACUCACAAAUGUGCAUCUUUUCCAAAAAUUACUAUAAAAUGAAGGUAAUUAUAGAAGCAUUAUAUGUGCUGUAGACACGUUCAAUAGGCAAUUUGAGUUAAAUAGCCAUUUUAAAGACCCUAUCUGAUGAAAAUAAAACUGUAUAUCAAUUGAAAGCUGAAUGAAUGUAGAUUACACAUAUAAAGGAAUAUAAAGUAUUUUCUCUUUCAGUAUUGCACAAAAGCAAUUUAAAACCUCAUUAAAAACAAGGGUAAAGUUUUACAGAGACGAUAUUAUAUGUGGAACUGAUUGGCUCGCCUAUAUACGUGAGUAUAGUCAUUGUGAAUAUGUAUACUGUACUAGUUUUUUAGGUUGACGAUUUCUGAUUUUCAAAGAGCCGUUACUCCUCUGACAGACUUUAAAAUAGCAUAUAAUUGAUAUCAUUGUACCGUAAUCUAUGGCCUAUACUAGUAGUUCAUCUACAUAUGUGUUCCAGUUUUCACUUCCGAUAGGGGAUGUAUAUGUUUAACCAAAAUUUUCAUAAGCAAGACAUUUUUUUAUGAAUUCUGGGAAUGGUCAUCAGGUCAUGAUUUACAAAAGUUUCAUGCUGGAAAAUAAUUGAAUCCAGCACUAUCUUUUGCUUUUCACACAAGUUUCUUACUGCGAAUGGUUGGUGUUGUCAAUUUUUAGUGCAAGAUUUUGUUUGUUUUGUAGUCCUUUUCUGCAAAAGGGUCAGUUGCCCAAGGGUUGCGACAUGACUGCAAACAAUCUUUACAUUCUAUUAUUUUGUAUUAAAUCAAAUCAAGGAAUUUAUACAUUAUAAGUAGAUUCAGUCAUAAACAAGUUCACUAAAUACCUCAUUCAAGGCUUUUUUCAAGCCGCCAAAUCAACUCUUGAAACUGACCUAUUUGUUACAAUUUUGGGUAAUGCAAUGUUAUGUUUGGUCUGUUUUUGGUAGACUGAUGUUGGGCUAGGUGGUGUAUCUGGGGUUUUACAGUAUACCAAAAUAUGUUUGCCUUGUGAAACACAGCAUGCGACCAUUGUGACUGCAGCAUAACAUUCUUAAAUACUGUAGCUAGAAGUGUAGAGUGUAUACUUUUAUACAAGUUGAGCAUGAUGAAAUAAACCUUUUUUUUUUAUAGAUUUUGCAGAUUUCUUCAAAACAUAAGCAAAGAAUGAGUCAUGCAAUUAUUUUUUCGUAUUUACAAGAAAACCAAAAACAGUGUCAGGAUCGUGGCAUGGUAGUUGUCAUUUUUAGUUCCUGGCGUUUUUUAUUUUGCAUUUUGUUAGAGACUAAAGUAUGUAUAUAUUGAAAUUCUAUUUGUAUAGAUGAAAGUUAUGAAGGAUCAGUACCGAAUAUUAUUCAAAAUCUUUUCAAUGUUUUGUGAUAACCACAGUGGAGUAUUUUUGUUACCAUGGCAAAAUUAAAUGCUGAUAAAUAGAAUGAAGUGUACAGAUGAUUAGAUUUUUAUUAUAUUUUUAGUACUACAGAGCAGCAUAUGAUUUCUUUUGUAACAUAAAUGUGAAAACAAAAUGAAAUGCAUGUAUAGCUGUUUGAUGAUUGGAAAAAGAAAAGAAACAAUCAAGUUUUGGAUUUCCAUGAGUAAAAGUAAAGAAAAAUAAAAUAAAAUGUGUGCUUUCACAGGGUUAAUUAGUUUGUGUGCAGGUUGUGAAACAUUUCAAAGCAAUAUGCAACUAGCCAAGAUCAUAUAGGCAUCAUGACAGUUGAAUAAUGUGUGUCACAGUGUACUACCAAACUUAAAAAGAAAACCGAUUCAGAUUUGUCACGUUGCAGAUGUUACACUUAAUAUUGCCAGUGGGUUACUAAUGUUGCAACUAAUCAAAUUAGCAUUGACCAAUGUAGCUGGCUAUGUUUAAUACAAGGCUUACAAUGCUUUAAUACAAGUGUGGCACUGAAAGAAUAAAUAUUAAGUUUUCACUGAUCUUUAACAGUUUCUUCCGAAAAAUAACUGAAUACAUCUUCGAAGGACUUAUUUAUUGGUUUAUUGCUAUUAAUUGUAUGAUUUAAUGUGCACAUAAUGCCUUGAUCUGAAUAGCUCAAACAUUACAAAAUGGUGAAUUAAUUACAUUUACUAAAAAAAGGCUACACCAGUAAAGUUUAAACACACAAUGCUUGUAAUAGCUAUAGCUUCUUCUGGUAGAAUAAUACUUAAAAAAUAUAAUAUUGGUCCAUUUGUACUUGCAAUCAAAUGUGUAGCUAUUUCUUCUGUAGCUUAUAUUUAAGCAUACCGUAUUCACCACAAGAACAUGGAUGUCAACAGUCCUUCUUAUAAGAAUCUUAAUUCUCAUGUAUGUUUUCGUGUAUUAAGCACGUUAACAGUCAAGUGAAAGCACUAUGCACAAUCGGAUGUUUCAUGCUGCUUGUGGUUGCUAUGAACUUUAUCAGUUACAUCAAAUUGUAUAGUGAUACAAAUUUCAUGGAAUAAAGAUGUUACUUCUCUA